AUGUUCGUCUACAAGAGAGACGGCCGUAAGGAACAUGUUAGGUUCGACAAGAUUACUGCACGUAUAUCACGUUUAUGCUAUGGUCUAGACCCUGCACAUAUUGAUGCUGUUAAGAUCACCCAGCGUAUCAUUUCUGGUGUCUAUGAAGGUGUGACUACUGUUGAAUUGGACAAUUUGGCUGCUGAAACUUGUGCGUAUAUGACGACUGUGCAUCCUGAUUAUGCUACUUUGGCCGCUAGAAUAGCUAUCUCUAAUUUGCACAAGCAGACUACUAAACAGUUUUCUCAGGUUGUGAGUGAAUUGUUCAACUAUGUGAACCCAAAGAACGGGGUUCAUUCUCCUAUGAUCUCGCAAGAGGUUAUGGACAUCGUCAACAAACAUAAGGAUGAGUUGAACUCUGCUAUUGUUUAUGAUAGAGAUUUCAACUUUAACUAUUUUGGGUUCAAAACUCUGGAGCGUUCUUAUCUGCUGAGGAUAAAUGGUGAAGUCGCUGAACGUCCUCAACAUAUGAUUAUGAGAGUUGCUGUUGGUAUUCAUGGUGACGACAUCGAGUCUGCUAUUGAGACUUAUAAUCUGAUGUCCUUGAGAUACUUCAUUCAUGCUUCUCCAACUCUUUUCAAUGCUGGUACUCCACGCCCUCAGAUGUCUUCAUGUUUCCUAAUCGCCAUGAAGGAUGACUCCAUCGAGGGUAUUUACGAUACUUUGAAGGAAUGUGCUAUGAUUUCUAAGACCGCUGGUGGUAUUGGUUUGCACAUACACAACAUUCGUUCUACGGGUUCAUAUAUUGCAGGUACUAACGGUACUUCGAACGGGUUGAUCCCCAUGGUACGUGUCUUCAACAACACUGCUCGUUAUGUGGAUCAAGGUGGUAACAAAAGGCCAGGUGCUUUCGCUUUGUACUUGGAACCAUGGCACGCAGACAUCUUUGAUUUCAUAGAUAUCCGGAAGAACCACGGUAAGGAAGAGAUUCGUGCAAGAGAUUUGUUCCCAGCCCUCUGGAUUCCAGAUUUGUUCAUGAAACGUGUUCAAGAGAAUGGUGAAUGGACUUUGUUCUCUCCAAGUGAAGCUCCAGGUUUGUCUGAUGUUUAUGGUGAUGAAUUUGAAGCCUUGUAUGAACGUUACGUCGCUGAAGGUCGUGGUAGAAAGACUAUCAAAGCUCAAAAACUGUGGUACGCUAUCUUGGAAUCUCAAACAGAGACUGGUACUCCAUUCAUGCUUUACAAAGAUGCCUGUAAUAUAAAGAGCAACCAAAAGAACUUGGGUACCAUUAAAUCCUCUAACUUGUGUUGUGAAAUCGUUGAGUACUCAGCACCUGAUGAGACUGCCGUUUGUAACUUGGCCUCCAUCGCUUUACCAUCGUGUAUUCAAGUUGCUGAUGAUGGUAAGACCCAGUGGUAUGAUUUUGCCAAGUUGCAUAAAAUUGCCAAGGUUAUCACUCGUAACUUGAACAAGGUCAUCGAUCGAAACUACUACCCAGUUCCUGAAGCUAGAAACUCUAAUAUGAGAAACAGACCUAUGGCUCUAGGUGUCAAUGGUUUGGCUGACGUGUUUAUGAUGUUGCGUGUUCCAUUUGAGUCUCAAGAAGCCAAGGAUCUAAACAUCCAAAUCUUCGAAACUAUCUACCACGCUUCUUUGGAAGCCUCCUGUGAGUUGGCGAAGAAGGAUGGACCUUACUCCACUUAUGAAGGUUCUCCAAUCUCUCAAGGUAUUUUGCAGUACGAUCUGUGGAACACCAAACCAUCGGAUCUAUGGGAUUGGGACACUUUGAAGAAAAGCAUCAAGGAAUAUGGUGUUAGAAACUCUUUGCUAUUGGCCCCAAUGCCAACUGCGUCGACUUCCCAGAUUCUAGGUUACAACGAGUGUUUCGAGCCAUACACUUCCAAUAUGUACUCUCGUCGUGUGUUAUCCGGUGAAUUCCAAAUUGUCAACCCUUACUUGCUACGUGAUUUGGUCGACCUAGGUAUCUGGGAUGAUAGUAUGAAGCAACACAUCAUCACUGAUAAUGGCUCCAUCCAAAAUCUACCGAAUAUUCCUCAAGAACUAAAGGAUUUGUACAAGACUGUUUGGGAAAUCUCUCAAAAAACUAUCAUCGAGAUGGCAGCUGAUCGUGCUGUUUACAUCGAUCAGUCCCAAUCAUUGAACAUUCACAUCCGUGCUCCAACUAUGGGUAAAUUGACUAGUAUGCAUUUCUACGGUUGGAAGAAGGGUUUGAAGACUGGUAUGUACUACCUGAGGACACAAGCCGCUUCUGCUGCUAUUCAAUUCACCAUUGACAAGAGUGUUGCUGACCAAGCUGCUCACAAUAUUGCAGACAUCGCUAAUCUACAUCGUCCACAAUACGUGCCACGUAAAGUUAACCCAGGCGAAGUUAAUCUAGGCCUUGAUGACGAUUUAAGAAGAGCGGGAGUCUCGAGAGAAGAAUCCCCUGCACCAUCAUCUACAGCUUCUUCCAUCAUCAACAGUGUGGCAUCUUUGAAGAUUCAGGACAGUCAACCUGUUACCCCAGUCACUUCGGCUCCUCAGUCUGCUCUUCCGGAAAAGCCAAAGGAGGAAGUCACUAAGACUGAUGACAGUAAGGACUCUGAAUUUGAUAUCUACAAUUCGAAGGUUAUCGCAUGUGCAAUUGAUAAUCCAGAAGCAUGUACGAUGUGUUCCGGUUAA